UCUUCAUCUCCUUUUAGGCUUAACCACUACCCUCAUCAAGCCUCUUCAGAGCAGUCUGCCUAUCUACAACAACCGUCAUCCUACAGUCAUCUCUCACCAUCUCCAUCUCAGACACCACCGAUACACCAUCCCCUUUCUCAUAUCCCAACAAAGCCGACACUGAACCAACACGCCCUCGCAACCACUGUUCAAAUUUUCAUAUCCAUCUCCUCAUCGACACACCACACAAAUUCAUCCUCCUAUCGAUCCAACCCUCAAAUUCAUCCCCUAAUCGACCAAACCUCCACCUCCACUUACCACCCAAACCAAGCACACCACACAACCACCAAGCAAGAAUCCACAACCACCAAGCAAAAUGAAGUGGACCCCCGAAAACAUGAACAUCGUACGCUCACCUUCUCCUCAUCCCCCCAUCCCCCCAUCCACCCCCCAACCCAACCUCCGUAAAACUAACACCCAGACCCAGCUCUGGGAAACCCUCUUCGAAACCCAUAACCUAACCAUCGACAUCGACAAGAUGGCCGCCGUCUGGCCCAACGACGACGAAAAGCCCACCGCCCGCGCCAUCAAAGAGCGUCUCGAGAAGUUCCGCCGCAACCUCAAGAACGGCGGGAGCACCAUCACCUUCAGCAUGGGUGGGAAGCACGCGAAUACGGAGUCGCCGGAGGCGAAUCGGGUGAAGAAGCGGCGGGUUUCCGUCAAAAAGUCUGCAGCGGGGAAGGGGGAGACUGGGAGGGAUGAGGGAGGUGCGCAGGGGGGUGAUGAGAUGGGUUUGAGCGUGAAGAAGGAGGAGGAGGAGGGAGAGCUGGGUGGUGUCUUUGGUGGUGAUGUCGUCUAGACUCUGGGCACCGGCCUAUGCUAUGGAGAUAUUCUCGUCGGUUGAUGCGGGGAUUACGGGGAUGCAGGUGGGUGGGUGGAUUGUUUUUCGGGGGUGCUGUGCCCAGGGGUACAGUAAAUUUGGUUUCCUCGAUUUUACUCGAAGGCUAAUAUGGAAUGGCAAUGAUGAUUCCGACUUGAGUACAUGGCGUAGAUUCUUAUUCUGGCUGUGUUGGUGCCCAGCUGUUGUGCUGUAUGCGGUCC